AGCAAUUGAAAUGGCUCUGAAUGAGUCUGUCACAAUGCUGGACGCUAGCAGCACUGCAAAGGAUGUGCUGCUGAUGAUGAGGGAGCAUGUUCAUGUUCUUCAAUUAGCUUUGAGGAGAAAAGGUGCAGAAUCAAGCAUCCAAAGCUACCUUGGUGAUUAUAUCAGUUUCAGGAAGAAGGUGGGGAAGGAGAUUUCCAGGUCCAUUAGGGCAUUGAAGCAAGCUGAAAAGAAGAUUGGCCUUUCUGCUAUCUUAUUCCAAGAUCAACACCUCUCAGCAGUAGUGAAAAUGCUGAGAGAAGUAACCAGUGUCAGCAUCCGUGUUUUGAGAUCUCUCACGCUGUUCCUCUCUAGCCCGGUGUUGAAGACUAAGAUCGGCGGGUGUUCGAUGAUUUCCCGGGUUAUUUCCAUAGGAUUUCUUCCUUCUGAGAAGGAGAAGAAGACUCUGAAUGAAGUGGCCAGUGUUGAUGCUGCAAUUUGCAGCCUUCAUCAGCAAGCCAAGAACAAUGAUCUUAAGUUUGAAUUGCAGACGGUGCAGAGGAAGCUGGAGUCCAUGGCUCUAUGCAUGGAUGGGGUUGAAGUUGAAAUGGAAUGCAUUUACAAGUGUCUAAUUAAAUACAGAGUCUCUCUGCUUAAUGUCCUCAACUGAAAGUGAAAGAUGAGAAACUUCUUGUACAUUCAUCUGGGCUUUCCAUAUUUUAGAGGAUUUGCUCCCGAGUGCAAUUUUGUUCACCCCCCAGUCCAUAGACCUGCAAAUGU